ACCUGUGGGGUCCAGGCGGAGCAAUGUAAGUCCAGGGAUCCGUGCAUCCAGUUCAUUGGUUAAACGUCGUGGCACAAUUCAUCAACACACUUACGGGAAUUGAAGCAGCAGAGGCAAUGCGUGGGCUGGGGUCGAGCAUGCAGGAUAUCGGAGAAGUCCCGGUGAGGCUGCCCAAUAAUCGAGAAUAUGUGUUUGUAGAUACUCUUGGGUUCAAUAACCCUGAUCGACCGGCCAGGGAUACACUCAACACCAUCGCUGACUGGUUAGAGAGGAAAUAUCGAGGGGGCGCCUUACUCACGAGGGUUGUCUAUACCCAUCGAAUUACCAACCCCUGGAUGGACGGUUUAUUGCGUGAAAGCCUGGACAUAUUUGGUUGUAUAUGUGUGACCAAAGCCGCCGGGCGCGUGCAGCUGGUAACUACCAUGUGGGACCGAGUGAAAGAUCCCACAGCCGCAGAGACCAUGGUGUCACAACUGGAAGAGAACUUCUGGAAGCCCUUACUCAAUGCAGGUACUCGUCAUAUGCGAUUUGAAAAUUCCAAGCAAUUGGUGUGGGACAUAGUCGAGGAUUUGGGGGUGGAAGGACAACCCCUUUUAUUCCAGCAAGAACUGGUGGACGCAACAAGGAACCUAUACAAGAUGUUUGCUGGCCAUGCGCUCUACCUGCAAUUGCAGAAGCUUCUCCUGGAAGAACCGGAAACAUGCGAGCCAUUUUUGGGAGUUUUCAAAACGCGGAAAGUUCGGAGACCGAAGAAGCGGCUCGAGGUAGAGUGCGAGCGUAUUGAAAUGCAACUGCGGAAGGCACGGAAAGAGAGGCAAAGACUAGAGAUACGCCGACAUUCCUACUAGCGUCAAUUGUCAUCUUUCUUUUCUAGUCCCAACAUUACAAUCCUGGAAGUUACGGGAGAUGACCUUGUAAUCUUUGUGGUUGGCCCAACGGGAGCAGGCAAGAGUUGGUUCACCAAAAAAACUGUCACAGAAUGCCGUGAUC